UUCUGGAGGGUGGUUUUGCCACCCAGUUCCAAACCCAUGGACAUGAUCAUGAAGUUGCCGUAUUAAUGCCUCUGCUGUUGGUCACUGAACCGAUGACUGUGAUGUUUAUUAGUUGCAGCCUUGAGCAAAGCUUUUCGUCUCUAUGGCUUUCUGACAUUGCCGCCUCUACGCAGGUCAUUUUCCGACUGCAGCUCAAUGGAAAGAGUCUAGCCAUGUUUAGCUUCGAGGGAGAUUUCAAGAGGACGCCCAAAGUGUCCCUUGGAGGGGCGAGUCGGAAGGAGGAGAAAGCAUCUCUUCUUCAUCGCACGCAGGAGGAGAGACGGAAGCGAGAGGAUGAGCGGAAGAGGCUAAAAAAUGCAAUAACCAUCCAGUCCUACAUACGAGGCUUCCAGGAGAGAAAACGACAACACGGUGUUCAGAGGAGCCAGUUUGACCGCUGUGUUUGUGAGAGUCAGGGUUCGUCAGGUUUAACCCUCUCGGACGGCGCCCCUCUCAGCCUCCUCGCCCGGAAGCUGCUGUUCUUUUACCGCCACAGUGAGGACGCUCAACGACUGAUCUGGCUGUGUCAGAGUGUCGUGAAGCACCACGCUCAGUAUGUGAAGCUGCUGGCCGGACCGGACAGGACCACGUGCGUGUUCCAAAUCAAGAGGCUCCUGGGACACUGCUGCAGGCUGCUGCAGGUACGCGAGGACGACGGCGUGAAGGUGGCCGUCCCCAUGCGCAUGCUGGAGGUCUUCUCUUCUGAGAGAACCUACCUGCCGCCCCUGCAGGACUCCGGCGCCGCCGCCGCCGCACUAACGGAGCAGAUCUUGCACUAUAUGGUCCAGAAAGGAUACUACAGGUCACUCUACGCUCUGGCCAAUUAUAAGUUACCGUCCAGUCUGGAAUACAGCAAUGCGCCAACUCUUCCGCUGGCACAGACACUGCUGGAACACACACUCAGACCCCUGCACUUUACCUACAACUCCUGCCCUGCAGAUGCCAGGCAGUUGGUGUUCUCAGCCUUCACGGAAGAGUUCAUCUCGCCUCCGUUCACCGAACAUAUGUUUCACUUCUUCGUGCCGGCGCUGGCCGACCCAAAAUUCGCCUUCCCUUUCCACAACUUCCUCUGGUCUCUGCAGGCCACGGUGGCAUCUUCAGCCAAGAUCCAGAAUCACGCGCCGUGGCUCUUCUACUUCGUCCUGACGCUGGGAGAAAACAGCCUAGGUUCGCUCUCAGAGGAAGGCCUGCUGUUGUAUCUGAGCUCUCUGCAGGCUCUGCUCCCACUGCUCCCGGUCACCGAGAGCUACACCCGAACGGAGGUGAACAGUGACUCGGAGGACGAGGACGACCCCGCCGCACGCCCUUCUCCUCUGCAGGAUGAGAGCAGAAUCUCGGUGCAGUGUAUCACUCAGCUGUGCGUACAGAAACUGGACUCCAAGCAGCAGACCAACGCCCUGCUGGCUCUGGUGUGGAGGGACUCGGCCAGCGAGGACGUCUUCACCAUGAUGGCGUCCAUCUGCCACACGCUCAUGGUGCAACACCGCAUGAUGGUGCCCAAAGUCAGGCUCCUGUACAGCUUGGCUUUCAACGCCCGCUUCCUGAGGCACCUCUGGCACCUGAUCACGUCCAUGAGGACCAAAAUGAUCACAGGCUCUCUGGUGCCGCUCCUCCAGCUGAUGUCUCGAGGUUCUCCCAUGUCUGCUGAGGACUCGAACAGGAUCAUUCCUCUCUUCUACCUGUUCAGCUCGCUCUUCGGCCAUUCACUCAUCUCUAUCCACGACACCGAGUUCUUCGGAGAAUCCAUGGACGGCCACACCCAGCCCACCAUGAUGCCCUUCUCCCUCACGGAGCUGGUGAGCCUGUCCCGAUGUCUGCGCGACGCCUGCCUGGGCAUCAUCAAGCUGGCGCAUCCCGAAACCAAGAGCGGCUACAGCGAGGAGUACGCGGCGGCGUUCCGCAGCGUCGGAGUCAAAACCAGCAGCCAGAUACAGCAGCGGAUCCAGAACCAGCAGAAGCGCUGGGUCCAGCUGUUCAAGGUGAUCACAAACCUGGUGAAGAUGCUGAAGGCGCGAGACAUCCGGAGGCCGUUCUGCCCGCACGGUCACUGGCUGUCCGGCGAGGUCAACAUCCGAGCUGAUAAGGUAACCCAGCUGUACGUCCCCUCAGCGAGACACGUCUGGAGGACGAGGCGGAUGGGCCGCAUCGGACCGCUCCAGUCCACGUUAGACGUUGGUUUGGAGCCUCCACCCCUGUCUGUGUCGGAGGAGCGACACCUGGCCAUCCUGACCGAGCUGCCCUUCGUCGUGCCGUUUGAGGAGCGAGUGAAGAUCUUCCAGCGUCUGAUCUACGCUGAUAAACGUGAGGUGCAGGGCGACGGCGGCCCCUUCAUGGACGGCAUCAACAUCACUAUCCGCAGGAACUACAUCUACGAGGACGCCUACGACAAGCUGUCUCCAGAGAACGAGCCUGAUCUGAAGAAGCGGAUCCGGGUGCACCUACUGAACGCCCACGGCCUGGACGAGGCUGGCAUCGAUGGGGGUGGGAUCUUCCGCGAGUUCCUGAGCGAGCUGCUCAAGUCGGGCUUCAACCCCAACCAGGGCUUUUUCAGAACCACCAACGAGGGCCUGCUGUUCCCGAGCCCCACCGCCGAGAUGCUCAUCGGAGAGAGCUUCACCCGCCACUACUACUUCCUGGGACGGAUUCUCGGCAAGGCUCUGUACGAGAACAUGCUGGUGGAGCUGCCGUUCGCCAGCUUCUUCCUGUCCAAGCUCCUGGGCACGAGCGCCGACGUGGACAUCCACCACCUGGCCUCCCUUGACCCGGAGAUGUACCGCAACCUCCUGUUCCUCAAGAGCUACGAGGGCGACGUGGAGGAUCUGGGCCUGAACUUUACCAUCGUCAAUAACGACCUGGGAGAAGCACAGGUGGUCGAGCUGAAGCCGGGCGGAAAGGACGUCCCGGUUACCACGGCGAACCGCAUCGCCUACAUCCAUCUGGUGGCCGAUUACCGCCUGAACAAACAGAUCCGAGCGCACUGCCUGGCGUUCAGACAGGGACUCGCUAACGUGCUGAACCUGGAGUGGCUGCGCAUGUUUGAUCAGCAGGAGAUUCAGGUCUUGGUCUCUGGUGCUCAUGUACCCAUCUGUCUGGAGGACCUGAAGAAGUUCACCAACUACUCAGGUGGAUACACAGCCACUCACUCAGUCAUAAAGAUCUUCUGGGAAGUGGUGGAGAGCUUCAGCGACGAGGAGAAACGCAAACUGCUCAAGUUUGUCACCAGCUGCUCACGGCCUCCACUGCUGGGAUUUAAGGAACUCUACCCAGCGUUCUGCAUCCACAACGGCGGGAACGAUCUGGAGCGCCUGCCCACCGCCAGCACCUGCAUGAACCUCCUGAAGCUGCCCGAGUUCUGCGACGAUCAGCUGAUGAGGAACAAACUGCUGUACGCCAUCGAGUCCUCCUCGGGCUUCGAGCUCAGCUGAGACGCGGCGCUGUCGCCACCUGUUGGGCUUCGGUCUUCGCCAGGCGCGCAUCGAUUCACGGGGGAACGGAGACUCCGGAACCAAACCGGGACGGGUGCUUGUGCGCUUUUGCUACGAACACGCCGGACGACGGGACGUCCUGUCUGAUUGUCAUUAUAAUUAUUAUUAAUUGGGUUUUUUUUGUACCGAGUUUGGAUCUGUAAAAACAGCUUUGGUAGGAGGCUGCUGGGCAUUCGAGAUGACCAACGUCAGGCGCCACCGCAACAUGAUGCAUUACUCACCAAAGAUUUUGCUAGGAUAUUUUUAUAGCGCUAAUCCGGGCGUGUCAGAGCGUUACGAGACGUCAGCCGUGCCAAUAAAGACAGCGCUUCACCGUCCGUGCUAACAGAAGGAUGCGGUGGACCCAACACCAGGCAGAAACAUCCGGGACGUUUUUAGAUGAUGUAGUCAUUUAGCAUUAGCAACAGCGUCUUAUCCGGUUAGCAAUGCCGCCAGUUGCUCCUCGUGCUUGGCGCUCAAUUUAAAGGGGAACUCUGUUUUACUCUGUCACGUGUUUUAAAAGCAGAAUGGGAAAAAAACUGAACCACUUUCUGGCUUCAGAAGCAAAAAUAUCAUGUUGAAUUAUUAUUUCUGUCUAGCAGUCGUACACUAUAUGGUCAAAAGUAUUAAGACGCCCCUUCUAAUAAUGGAAUUCACAUGUUUCAGCCACAACAAUUGCUAACAGGUGUAAUAAAUCAGUGAUAUAAAGUAAAUUACAUGCUUUCAAAUCUGCAGCAACAGUUUAGGGAAGGCCAUUUCUUGUUCCAGGAUGACUGUGCCCCUGUAUAUGAAGAAAAGCCCUGACCUCAACCCCACUCAACAGCUCUGGAAUGAACUGGAACAUCAAUGUCAGUGUCCAGCCAUACAAAUGCUGCCGUCUUUUGACUGAACGGGCACAAAUUCCCAUAAGUAGACAUAUUUCAAAGUAUUGUGAGAAGCCUCAUUGAGGGUUUAGGGCCUUGCUCAAGGGCCCAACAGCAGCAACCUGGCAGUGAUGAGGCUUGAACCAGCAACCUUUUGAUUACUAGUCCAGUACCUUAACCCCUAGGCUACAACGUAAUACCAUUUGGUUUUGAAAUGGGACGUCCAACAAGCUAAUAGUCAGGUGUCCAAAUACUUUUGGCCAUAUAGUGUACUGGGUUUGAAUUCACAUACAGCUAAAUGGAUUAGCUAGUCUACUGCCAGACUUGUAAAGAAAACGUGUGUCCACAGUCGAGUGAGCUUUACGUGAGCAUGAGCUUAUAGGCUGGCGUGCAGAACGGCUCCAGCACCCUGACGUCCGGGUCGUUCAGUCACAGCAAAGAAACGGUCGCAGGACGAUUGGAAUCCCCAUACUGCCCCGACACGCCCCCGACUCUUAAACCGUCUCAUCCCAGAGGCUUCAUUUAGCUCGAACCUCUGCAGCAUCUACACUCAGUGAGCACUUUAUUAGGAACACCCAUCCCUGACAUGGAGUCAUUGGCUCUUUUUUAGGAUACACCUACCAUGUAGAUGCACGUCGUGGGUAUACAAUUACUGACUGCUGGUCUGUACAACACCCUCUGUUCCAUCUGUCCAUCCAUCCCUGCGUUAAUUGAAAGGGAGCCCAGCCGGACCCUCAUUGAUAGAUGAUUUUUGGGGGGUCAUUCUCAGCACUGACCAUAAUAUGGGAAUAAAUGCAGCAGGUGCAGCAGUGUUGGGAUUUUCAAUCAACUUGAUGUCAAAGCAGUGGUGGGGCUUGAACCAGCAACCUUUCUGAUUACUAGUCCAGUACCUUAACCCUUAGACUCAAACGUCCCUAGGCUACAACGUAAUACCAUUUGGUUUUGAAAUGGGACGUCCAACAAGCUCCAACAGCAAAUAAAUAAAUAAAUAAAUAAAUAAUGAAUAUUUAAACCAUGUGGUAGCUCAGGAGGUUAAGGGACUGGACUAGUAAUCAGAAGGUUUCCGGUUCAGGCCCCACCAUCGCCAAGCUGUCACUGUUGGGCCCCUGAGCAAGGCGUAAUUGCUCAGACUGUAUCCGUUAUAAUUGCCAGUGCCAAAAUUCUUCAAUUGAUUCAAUUGUCAGUGCCUGCAGCAGACACAAAUUGGCCACCGUGUCUGCUGGGUUGGGGAAAUGACUGGAAUAAAGUAGGUUGGGUACCAAGGACCCUGGUUAGCAGAUAGAGGCGUCUGUGCAGAAGCACGGGCGUAAAGAAGGCGUCCGAUGGGACUGCGAACACAUCGGAGGGCACGUGACUACGCAAAAUAAAUACAAAAAAAGCAUGUUUGAAAAUCCCAACAACACUACUGCACCUGAUACACUCAAACCAGAACAACACAUCCUUGUUGUUAAGACUGAUCCAACACUGAUCCAACCAAUGUCUACACAGUCACAUCCCUUUGCAUUAAUGCCUGAGGUAAAGAUAGUAAUUGUAUACCCUCAAAGUGCAUCUAUAUGGAAGAUGUAGCUUAUAAAACAGCCAGUGAAUGUCUGUACCUAAUGAAAGUGAAAGCUCGUGGUCAGGUGUCCGUUAUGUUUGUACACUACACUAUGGUUUACACACAGACCCUCAUCGACCUCCUUUUAUCACACUAGUGACCACGUGCAGACGAAGGGAGCUGAUUUCAGGUGAAGGGAUAUUCCUAUAGACACUGUACCGACUAGACGUCAGUAUUUGUUCGCAAAUGACCACCAACCUAAGAAAAGAAACGUCUUCGAGGGAACAAUGGUCGUCCGUUUCUCAGCUGCCAGUUCCAGCGUACUGCCGCCGAUGGUUGUGAUGUCACAGUGAGGUAACAAAGCUCGCAAAUCAGACGAGAUGCGGCUUGUGUUCUGAUAUUGCAGUUAUGUCUCAAUACAAAGAUCUGUCAGCCAGAAGGAUCUCGUUCUGUAUCACAGAAUCCAAUUCAUGAUCAGCUCGCCAAUCAGAUAAGUCUGAACCUUGUACGAAGCAGAAUCCGCUGUUAUUCAAAGCUACUUGUAAUUGGGACCGUAUGCAGUCCAAGCACUUGAGGGUUAAAGGCCAAACAGGUGAAACCUGGCAGUAGUGGGGCUUGAACCAGCAACCUUCCAAUAACUAGUCCAGUACCUUAACAGCUGAGCUACCACUGCCCCGACUCUUUUUUUAGGUACACCUGCCUUGAAUGUACCUUGAUUGGCUGUUACCUGUCAAAUAGAUGCACUUUGUUGGUGUACAAUUACUGAAUGUAGCCCAUCUGUCGCUCUCUACACUUAAGUCUACCCUCUCCACCCGCCACAUGGUGUAAAGAAGCCCUAACAUGACCUGCACAGACCAGACGUUCUCACCGCUGCAGAACAUUCAGUCCGAGUAUUAUUGGAUUAUCGGGUAUUUGUACACCAAUAAGCCAACAUUUUAAAGCCACCUCUUGAAAAUCUGCACAGCAGUGCCUGUUUGGAUGAAGGAUCUAUAUGAUUUCUGGCUGAUAGAGGUUCAUCGUAGUUCAGGUGUUGAAUGCAGCAGAUCUGAUCAUCAUAAAUACCUGAGUGACUUUGAUAAGGACCAGAUUGUCAUAGUCAGAUGAUUGAGUGGUUGAAGUAUCUCAGAAACAUCGGUCACGGUGAGGGACGAGCCACAUGCUUCUGACAGUUUGCUGGGCGUCCAGGAAGAUAUGAAGGCUCUGGCGUCUGGUCUGGACCAACAGAAGAUCUACUGUGGAUCAAACUGCAGAUCAGAACUGGACACCAGAGCGAUGGAUGGAGGGUGACUUUCAGACAUCAGGGACCUGCUGUAUGAGCCAUGAUGAUGAGUGAUGAUGUGUCAUUGAAAUACAAAGCGUUCUUAGUCGUCAGUAAUUGGGCGACAGAAGUGAGAGUGCUGAGAGUUCUGGUUCAGUUCCACCUAUAGAGGUUGAAACCUCGUCCUCUGCAGCAGUGCUUCUUAAACUGGAGUCCAACCAGUACUAACGGUACACGAAGCUCCACCGUUGGUCAAGAUGAGCCUGAAAAACAAGCUGCAUCCUUACAAUUAAAAAGUAAUAAUAUUAAUGCCCCACCCCUAAUUUACAUCAUUAUAUUAUCUGAUAGACAGGACAAGGGUUGUUUACCACGUCCACGUCCUUGUCCUUAAACUUUGUCUUCCUUUCAAAACGUAGCUCUUAAUGAUCUAAGAAUGAAACCGUUUAUGCCAAGACUGAAGGAAACAUCAGCCACAGGGGGUAAAAAUAAGGACGAUUGUGAGGCUGGCUGGCUAUGACAUCUGAUAAACGGGGCACAGACGGCACCGCUCAUGUUAGCAAACGGUAAAAACAAAACUGGCAUGGAGAAAAAACCCAGAGACCCUGAUCCUAAACAGGGCAGUGCUCGCUGCACACAUGCUUCCUCUGUAUGAGGGGGUUCAGCUUUGCUCUACAGGGAACGAGCGAAUGCCCCAGUUCAUGAAGAAUAACUUUAUUAGUGGAAUUUAGCACGUUGGCGUCUGUGUCUGUGGGGAGGCCAAGUGAUCUGGGGAGGCGGGUAAUCGGGACCCACCUACCUCACCUCAUGCGCUAAAUUCCACCAACGAAGUCGCUGGAUUGCAUUUGCGCGAAGCAUCAUGUCUGAAAAUGCCAUAAUAAGUUUGUGCCUUGUAGAAAACGUGCUAACAAAUCUUGGAGUGUGUUGUGGGCGUGUCCAAACGUUUCAAUUAUGGCAGUACAAACAGCACGGCGUGAUUUAUACAAACGGGAGCUUUUUUUUAUCUGCUUGCUCUGUUUUCGGCUCAGCACUGUCCCGUUUGGCCUCUUUUUCAGCACUGAAACAAACUCGUGCAAUAAAGUCUGUGCUGGUGAGGGUGUCUGGAAAAGACAGCGUGAUUGAGUUGAUUUUUCAGCUCCAGCAUGAACGUGCCUGGUCGGGCUUUUCUCUUUGAUAUAAAAGCAUUCUUCUGUUUUUUUUUUUUUUUGGUGUGUUUUUGGUUGUUUUGUUGUUGUGUGCACUCUGAAUUCCAGCAGCCGAUGUCAGAUGUCAGUCUGUGAUGUCGGACGUGUGGACCGCUCGCAGUUUCUUCUGUGCUGUUUUUUACUCCCGUGGUUUGGAAAUGCUUCCUCUGUCUUUUCCCUUGUGUCCGUUCCAACAGCCGCCCCUCCUCUUUCGGACCUCCCGGAUCCCUGAAUCGCUUUUUCGAGGUGGAAUCAAUGACUGAAGGUGGAGUCCGCGAUACGACGGAGCAGGAUGGCCGGCUGACCGUUUACAAAGCCAGCGAGUUGAUUCAGCUGAAACCUGAACAGCCGUGUCACACCGUCCUGCUCUGAGCACAGAGAAAUCUUCUAUGUGUUAAUAAAAUUGUAUGGAGAUCAUUAAAUUUGGGGGAUUUUAUUCACAUUACAGAA